CCUAACAGGAAAAAUACUCCGUACUAGCUUCUAGUGCGAGCCCCAACUUUGACAGUCUAUAGUCCAGCGCGGUUUCUCGUUCUCAAAGAAAUUGCACAGGGAUGACGGAAAGCUCGGCGCUUGAAGACGAAGCGCCCUCUAUUACAGCUCUCGGAUCUUUGUUUAAGCUCACUGAAGUUUAUCUCUCGGAUAAUACUGUGGAUGAUGUUCACUUAUGCUCACCUUCUACCGGAGCUUUGAGAACCAUCACUGAAGAUGCUCCUGAUUCAAUUAAUUCAGAGCUUCAUUUCUUACCAGAAGAAGUGGUGCUUGCCAAGUUGAUGAGUGGAAUGGGACUCCCUAUGUCAUUUCGCACUAAGGAGAGGAGGGGAAUACUUGGAGGAAUGAGAAAAAACAAGCUUAAGGAUGUACUCCACGAACGCAACCCAAAUCAGGAAGAUGUGCAAGGGCCUUUAGAAGAGGUGGGUGAGAAUGCUUCUUCUGAAAUUCCAUGUCAAGCAAGUGAGUCAUUGUCUUCCUUGUUAAUAGGAAGAAAGAGUGAAUUGCCGAACUUUGAUCCUGCAGUUGGUGUUGAAGAAGUUUGUCAUCUCCCUGAUGCAGCGAAAGAUUCAAUCAGCCCGAUGUCAUCUAGUGCUAGCUCUACAGUUGAUGACCCUAUCACCACCGUUCCUGGAAGUGACCAAGAAUUGAAUUCUAAAUAUACACAUCAUGAACUCUUAUUAAAGGAUGAUAAUGAAAUUUUCUUAAAAGAAGAUAUUGGAGCUCUUGAAAAUUCGAUUUUAGAUGGAAUAGUUAGCACUACAUAUGAUGGGAAGGACCCUAAAGGAGAUAAGAUGGACGACUCUAAAUGUUUGAAGCCCCCCUUUACAAUUGACCAUGAUGCUAGAAGUGAUUUUGGUCAUUGGGAGGUUUAUUGGGAUGACUUCUACUCAAGAAACUACUUCCAUAAUUCUCUUACACAAGAAUGUACAUGGGACCCACCUCCAGGAAUGGAAGAGCUAGUGUAUAUUAAUAUUAAUAUCAGUGAUAAACCAACAGAAGCAAAGAAUGAGAUAGCCGACAUGGAUGUCACUUUUACUGGUUUUGAAGAAUCUGCUGAUCAACCCAUUUUUUGUCAUCCGCAACUUAUGUGUGACUUAUCAGAGGAAUACAUGGUUGAUGAUAAAUUACUAGAUCAACAGAUUCAUGCUUCAGUUGAAGAUGAACUUGUUACUGAAACUAUCUGUCAUACCAGUCCCGAGAAAAAGAAAAGAAAAUCUAGGAGAGCAAAAUCCAAAAAGAAACUAUCCAUACAAAAUGGAGAGUUCCAUAUCCCAUUGAUAAAUGAAGGCCUAAAUCGUGGUUUGAGUAAAUACUGGUGUCAAAGGUACAGUUUAUUUACAAAGUAUGAUGAAGGUAUACAAAUGGAUGAAGAAGGAUGGUUCUCUGUUACUCCAGAGUCCUUAGCAAAGCAUCAUGCUCAACGUUGUGCCGGUGGUACUGUAGUUGAUUUAUUCACUGGAGUUGGUGGAAACGCUAUCCAGUUUGCACACCAGUGCAGACAUGUAAUUGCAAUUGAUAUUGAUCCAAAGAAAAUUGACUAUGCACAACAUAAUGCAGUCAUAUAUGGAGUUAGAGACCAAAUAGACUUCAUUAGAGGAGAUUCCUUGAUAUUGGCUCCAACAUUGAAGGUAGAUGUAGUCUACAUGUCACCACCAUGGGGAGGACCUGAUUAUGCCAAGGUUAAGAAAUUUGACAUCAAAACAAUGCUGAAGCCGCAUGAUGGGUAUUUUCUCUUCAAUGCUGGCAUGAGAAUUGCAUCUAAAGUUGUCAUGUUCCUUCCCAGAAAUGUAGAUAUCAAUCAACUGGCUGAGAUUGCUUUAUUAGCCAAUUCAUCAUGGUCGCUAGAGGUGGAGAAGAAUUUCUUAAAUGGAAAAUUGAAGGGAAUCACCGCAUACUUCAUCAAGUCUUCCUCAUAGCAGUCAUGCAAGUCUACUGCGAGCCUACUGUGAUCUAUGGACAACAUUGGCACUUUCGAAUUAGAGAUGGAAAAGCUCGCUCUUUACGAUCGUUGUCAUUUUACCACCUCAUCCCAAAUUCUCAAGUAGUUUGAUUUAGAAGCCAGCCAGUUCAUCUUUUCUUAAUUUCGCCUUUCCAUCAUCAUCAUCAUCAUCAUCAUCAUCUGUGGUGCCUUUUUGGGGAGUAUGAUCUCCCGGGAGUACAAGCCUACAAGUUUUUCUGAUUCAUUGGAGAUUUGGAGAUUUGGGGACAGGCCGUAGUCAAGGAUGAAUCUGGCCUACCAUGCCCCAGGCCCCAGACCUCCGCUACUAUGGUAAAGGCCGUUGUCAGUGUUGGCGUCAUAAAUAACGCCAGUGGUCAGGGGAUGCGGGGUGACACUCCUCCAAGGUUGUACCCUCCCGCCUUGACUCGACAAGACACAUAUGAGGUUGUAAUUCACAGUAAUUUAGUCAGUUCAAUAGUAGUAGAUCUUGUACUCGUACGCACUAGCAAUCAGAAGGUCAAUACACAUAACUGUAACUUCCACACAAUUGGUGCAGGUUUCAAUCCUUGGUAGCACCUUACAAGAAAAGAGGAUUUUUAUGUGAUAUUACAAAAUUGUAUCCAUUGAAAAAAUGUGACUACUACUACAUAUUUCUUUCUUUAAAAAUGUAACAUUAUGUGCUAAAUUUCAUUGUCAC